CUUGUCUCCACGCAGCCACAGCGCUCAGUUGCAGAUAAUCGUGAACCGGCGCAUCCAAGUUCAACCGUUUAUCACGCCUAGUGGUCCUUACGUCCUAAAAAAGCCAGACUAUUUGCGAUGACGUGUCUCCCAUCUGUCCGCUACCGCAGCUGAAAAACAACAAAUCAAAUAUCUCAAUUUAAACAUUUUAGAAGUGUUUAUGCUGCGGUUAUGGCAGGCCUGCAUCGCACGCGUAUAUUCGGCUCCAUCACACUGUUGUUCCUGUUGUCCUGUGACACCCUGUUGAGUGAUGGACCACCCACUUUGCUGUCCACCUCCCAGCCCUCUCCUCUGUCCCUCAUUGACCUGGAUCUAGAUGUGGAGGAGCAGCCUGAGAUGAUGACCGUUCCAGGCAGCCCCACCACGGUACCAGGCCUAACCUCCCAGGGACGGGAGACCUCCCAGCAGGACACGUCCCAGGAGUCCUCAGGGUUCUUCAGUGAGGACGGUGAAGACAACAAGCCUCUCCAGUCCUCUGUUAAUCUCUGGGACGAUGUCAGAGACCAAGUCAACAUCACUGAUCUAGACAGGAACUCCCUCCGAGGUUACAGUCAAACCCUCUCCCAGUCCUCCACCUCUCCUAUGGAGGAACCCAGACAGGGGAACCACACUUCUCCUUUCAUGACUGCGAUGGAGAAUCUGGAGCGGGAGUUAUGGGAGAUGGAGAGAGAGUCCAGCGGCCUCCCCGUAGAGACUGGCUAUGCCCAGAACCAGGGCCUGUCUACCACCACCACCAUCCCUGCUGCUGACCCGGUGGUUCCUGUAGACUCCACCACCUUAGACCCACAAUAUGUCCCUGUACACGGGGGCCAGGAAUCACCUCCUGGGGACACAGUGGAGGUAGAGGUAGCAGAGGAGGAAGAGGAGACGGAUGGGGAGAUGAAGAGGGAGAGUCCCACCACUGAGCCUGACGUCUCCAUCGCCACCUCCAGACCCACCCUCCCAGAGGUGGGUCUCUUCCCCAGCUUUGGGCCCCUCCAGCCGGACAAAAUUCAUACAGAAGACCGGGAGGAGGUGGUGGAGGAAGAGGAUGAAGAGGAAGAGGAGACAGUGGUCCUUGGAGGACCUGGGAGUGACAGGGGGAGAGGAGGGUCCAUCUCUCCCCUGACCACGGUCCCCUCUGCUUCUUUGGCCCCCACAGUUGGCUUCACAGAGGACUCCUGGGAUCGUCUGGAGGAUGGGAGGGAGGGCCAGGAGGAGAGGAGGCAGGAGGAGCAGGAGGUUAAAAAUGGAGGAACAGAGCUGUUAACAGAGACAGAGAUCCUCCAUGGUGCACACUUCUCACAGGAGAUACAGCAGGUGAUCUGUGUGGACUGGAGCGAUCUGGCUGGGAAGGGCUACAUCAUCCUCAACAUGUCAGACAGCGUUGACUGUGAUGAGUUCCGUGUAGAGAGUGGGGACCGGCUCCUGGAGCUACUAGAAACAGCCUUCUCUAGGAAGAUGGACAGUCCUCAGGGCUCCUGGCUCAUCUCUCUCUCUAAACCCACCAUGCAGGACCACCAGCUGCUCAUCACACUGGCCAGCGAACACGGAGUUAUUGCCACCAAGGAUGUGCUGUCGAUGUUAGGUGAGAUAAGGAAAGGUUUACAUGAGAUUGGCAUCCAGAGCUACAGCAGUGCUAGCACCUGUCACUCCAGACCCAGUCAGACGCGUAGUGACUACGGGAAGCUGUUUGUGGUCCUGGUGAUCAUAGGUUCUGUCUGUGUGGUCAUCAUCGCCUCUGGUCUCAUCUAUAUCUGCUGGCAGAGACGCCUGCCUACCCUGAAGACUAGGACUCGAGGUGAGGAGCUUCAUUUUGUGGAGAACGGCUGCCAUGACAACCCCACCCUGGACGUGACGAGUGACGGGGGACAGCCGGAGAUGCAGGAGAAGAAACAUCACCAUUACCAACACGCUAACGGACUGACGGCUGGGACCGGGUCUGGAGGGGUGGCCGGGGGGGAGGGAGGGAGUAGUGGCUGGCAGGUCCUGGUCAACAAACCCGGAGGGAAGGAAGAGGAUAAUAUGGAAGAGGACACACACCUUUAGUAAAGAGACGAAGAAGAGUGAAGGAGGAUGGAAAAAGGGUAGCCUGGAUCCAGAUCUAUUUGUGCUGUCUUGCCGACUUCUAUGGUCAUUGGCACAUUUGGCUUGGUAAAGAGGGCACAAACAGACCUGGGAGUCGGACUAGGCAGAGACAGACCUGGGAGUCGGACUAGACAGAGACAGACCUGGGAGUCGGACUAGACAGAGACAGACCUGGGAGUCGGACUAGACAGAGACAGACCUGGGAGUCGGACUAGACAGAGACAGACCUGGGAGUCGGACUAGACAGAGACAGACCUGGGAGUCGGACUAGACAGAGACAGACCUGGGAGUCGGACUAGACAGAGACAGACCUGGGAGUCGGACUAGGCAGAGACAGACCUGGGAGUCGGACUAGACAGAGACAGACCUGGGAGUCGGACUAGACAGAGACAGACCUGGGAGUCGGACUAGACAGAGACAGACCUGGGAGUCGGACUAGACAGAGACAGACCUGGGAGUCGGACUAGACAGAGACAG